UCCGCCCGCUCCGCUUCCGAGACUGCAGCGCCCAGACACCCCGCGCGGCCGGAUCCGCCCAGGUGUGCCCAAGCCAGUGUCCAAAGCUCUCUGCAGCGUAGGCCUGAUGGGGUGGUGACCGUCCCCCUCGGCUCCAGCGCCAUGUCGUCCAACAACAGCUCCCUGGGGCCCUGUUUCCGGCCAACGAACAUCACGCUGGAGGAACGGCGCCUGAUCGCCUCCCCCUGGUUCGCCGCCUCCUUCUGCGUGGUGGGCCUGGCCUCCAACCUGCUGGCCCUGAGCGUGCUGGCGGGCGCGCGGCAGGGGAGCUCGUACACGCGCUCCUCCUUCCUCACUUUCCUCUGCGGCCUCGUCCUCACCGACUUCCUGGGGCUGCUGGUCACAGGCAUCAUCGUGGUGACCCAGCACGCGGCCCUCUUCGACUGGCACGCCGUGGACCCCAGCUGCCGCCUCUGCCACUUCAUGGGGGUCGUCAUGGUGUUUUUCGGCCUGUGCCCGCUGCUGCUGGGCGCCGCCAUGGCCUCGGAGCGCUACCUGGGCAUCACCCGGCCCUUCUCGCGCCCGCCGUUCGCCUCGCAGCGCCGCGCCUGGGCCGCGGUGGCGCUGGUGUGGGCCGCGGCGCUGGCGCUGGGCCUGCUGCCCCUGCUGGGCGUGGGCCGCUACUCCGUCCAGUACCCCGGCUCCUGGUGCUUCCUCACGCUGGGCGCAGAGCCGGGGGACGUGGCCUUUGGCCUGCUGUUCUCCAUGCUCGGCAGCCUCUCGGUGGGACUGUCCUUCCUGCUCAACACGGUCAGCGUGGCCACGCUCUGCCAUGUCUACCACGGCCAGGAGGCCGCCCAGCAGCGCCCCCGGGACUGCGAGGUUGAGAUGAUGGCGCAGCUCUUGGGCAUCAUGGUGGUGGCCAGUGUCUGUUGGAUGCCUCUCCUGGUCUUCAUCGCCCAGACAGUGCUGAGGAACCCGCCCGCCAUGAGCCCCACCGGGCAGCUGUCACGUGCCACCGAGAAGCAGCUGCUGAUCUACCUGCGCGUGGCCACCUGGAACCAGAUCCUGGACCCCUGGGUGUACAUCCUGUUCCGCCGCGCCGUGCUCCGGCGCCUGCAGCCCCGCCUCAGCGUGCGGCCCAGGUCGCUCUCCCUGCGGCCCCAGCUCCCGCGGGGCUCCGUGCUGCAGUAGGGCCGGGCCCCAGGCCGGACAUUACCCCUGCCUGCGCGUCCCCCCGCAAAA